AUGGCUCCAGCCCAAUUGCAUCUAGUCUUUCUAACUAUUUUCCUACGUUUGAUAACUGCGCAACAUAAUGACGGUUCUGUAUCUCUUGGUGCAUUACUCACUGCUGCGCCCAAUGUCACACCAUGGCUUUCAUCUUCCGGUGAAUUUGCCUUUGGGUUCCAACAAGUUCAAGGGAUCGAUAAUUUUUUGUUAUCCAUAUGGUAUGACAAGAUACCUGACAAGACGAUCAUCUGGUAUCCCAAAGAAGGUCUUAUGGUGCCUACAGGAUCCAAAGUUGAGUUAACUGGUGGGAGUGGGCUCGUACUCAGUGAUCCUCAGGGCACAGAGGUAUGGAGAUCUGGGUCUAUUUCCGCUGUUCAUCAGGUUUUAUCUGCCAAUAUUCCCUUUGUUGAGGAAUAG